CAGACUUCCAGGAUGUCGUAAGGCGCUAAGUUUUAGCCAGACAUGCUAGGUUACACAAACGGCUAGAUGUGGUACCGAGCCCCGCGGUGGAUACGUUAAAGAACCGGGAAGUGAUUGGCAACAGCACACCGACUAGUAAACAGGUCGUGAGCCUCCAACAUGCCGCUAACCGCGAUGAUGCCUGCGCUCCGUUAAGCUCGCAAGCUAAGCCGAGCGCGCGCUACCGCUAACUUCAGUUGGCGUUUGUAAUGGUAGAGCGCAGCGCGAGCUCCUCCGGUCAUGGCAGCGGGAGCGGGGGCCGCGGCGGGCGGCUCUCUGGACUCGACUCUGGAGAAGAAGUUUCGCGGUGUUUCCAACACGAUGGAUUCCAUCCAGGGACUUUCGUCGUGGUGCAUCGACAACAAGAAGUACCACAGCCUGAUCGUGCGACACUGGAUCAAGUGUUUGAGGAAAUCUAAUACCUCACACAGACUCAACCUUUUUUUCGUCGCCAACGAUGUCAUUCAGAACUGCAAAAGGAAAAAUGCCAUUGUUUACCGUACGGCGUUCGCCGACAUGCUCCCCGAAGCCUUCUUGCUGGUCGGCAAUGAAGGUGACCCCAAAGUAAUUAAAUCAGUGGAGAGGAUACUGUCCAUCUGGGAGGAGCGGGGGGUGUACUCGGGCACGCUCAUCACCGAGCUCAGGAGCAGCUUAGUCAAAGACGAGUCUCCUCCCGAGACACCUGGAGAGCAAAAAACUCCAGUUGAGUCUAAAGCAGAUCUACACUCCAAGAUUGUUGCGGAGUUUGUGCCCCAAGCGCUAGUCGAGGAACUAUCCAAGUACAAAAAGUCUCUGGAGGAGGUGGACAUGAGAGAAAAACAGCUGGCGGCGAUGAGGAUCGACAUCUGCAGCUCUGAUGCCCUGAAGAGACUCAAAGAUAAGGCCGGAGGAAAGAAAUUUUCGAAGGACUUUGAAGAAGGAAGUGCCCAACUACAGGAGUUUGUUAAGUUCUUCGACAAACAAAUCGAAACGGGGCCCCCUGUCAUGGAGGCGCUCAAGAACGCAGACAUCUUCUACGAGAUGCAGUACAAGGAGGUCAAGAUUGUUGCUAAUGCCUACCAGACGUUCGCCAAUCGGGUGUCUCAUCUGAAGCGUAAACUGGACACCCUGAAGGCCAACCUGCCAGACCUGGACGAGUCGCCCAUCCCCUCGCCCUCUGCAGACGCGCCGUCUCCAACCGGAUCGGAGUCCCCUUUUCGUGGUCUGGAAUUGGCCCAUCCCGAUUCCGACCUCGACGGCUGCGCCAUGGACGACGAGGCCGAGCCGCCGGCCCCGAGCCCGCUGUCCUCGCCGGGAGGAUCCCCCAAACGCACGCCGGCUCUCGGCCAGAACGACAACCGGGAAGUUGAAGACAUGGAGCUCUCUGAGGAGGAAAUUGAAGGCGGCGGCAUUAUAGUUGAGGAGCAGAGUGAAUGCUGCACCAACCCAAAGGUGUCUUCAAAAACAGAGACAUCAGUAGCAACAGAGCAGCUCGCCAUACAGGUCACGGCUCCUGUAGCGGCCCCGAUAGCGGUUCCUAUAGUGGCUCCUAUAGCGGCUCCUGCAGCGGCCCGUGUAGUGGCUUCUGUAGCGACUCCUAUAGCGGCCCCUGCAGUGGCCCCUGUAGCGGGCCCUGUAGUGGCUCCUGCAGAGGCCCAUGUCGUGGGCCCUGCAGCUGCAGUGGAAAGUGUCGACUUGGGUAAAAUUGGCUCCAUCCUCAACAGUUUGAACUCGGUCAUGAAGAACACAGGACCAUCAGUUGAAAGUCCUCCUGCGGCGGCCCCGGCUGGUUCCUCGUUGAAGACGACACCUGCUGUCUCUGUGGCCUCUCAGGAUGCCAGUUCACUGGUUAACCUCCUCUCGAAGGUGGACGUGAGUCCUACGGACCUCAUCGGUGCUCUCUCCGAAGUCCAAGGCAUCACUUCUCUUCUGAAAAGCCCCACUGCAAAUGUCCCCUCAGACUCCUCCAGAACAGGCAAGAUUCCUCCUUCUCCCUCAUCUGCAUCAGCAGUGGCCUCUCAGAGCCCGUCUCUCUCCUCUGUUGCACCGGAGCCUUCCUCACACAGCGCCACUGCUCCGCAGAGCACAAGCGCUCAGGCCCCCUCCCAGACUUCCAACCCAGCCUCCGCCCUGGUCCAAGCUCUCCACAGAGAAAUGGAUUUGACGACGCCAGAACCGUCCCUGUCUUCAAAGAGUUUAGAGUCUAAAAUCCACAACUUCCUGCAGGGCAACCCCGCUUUUAAUGCAUUUGGCAUUGGCCUUGCUAAGAACCCUGUGCCGGGAGGCGAUAACCUCAGCCCGGUAACCGGGACAGACCCCCAGGGUGGGACGCCGGUGCGGGAUGAGGGCGGAGGCACCCCAACUCAAGAUGAGAUCAUGGACACGCAUGUGGUGGAAAACCAGUCAUCGGUUGGAGAAACUCCUCAACCGGCCCCUGCUGCAUACCAGAGCUGCAAGCCCGGCGUGCAGCCCGACGGGGCCCAGAACGGGCAGCUCUACCAGUAUGGCAAACCCAAUAUGUCGGAGCAUGGCGUUACCGCACCUGGUGCACAUUACCAGCAGCUUUCUGCCCAAGCCGGAGGGCCGAUGCCGGGAGAAGGAGCCCCAGGCAGCGCCAGCAGCUCACAGACAAUGGAAGACUUUCAAAGGGUGAGUGAAAGUGGUUGGUAUGGUGACGCUAACCCGGAGGGGAACUCUCUGCAGCCCAGAGGCUACAAUGUGACGGCGCCCGGGGAGGCUGGAGAAAACCACAGGUCAGAACUUCAUCCACACAAAGCGGAUCACUUUCAGGAUCCUCAAGAGUUUCCCCCGCAGCAGGGUGCCAUCACGUCCCCUGAUUUCUUCAGAAGCAACCUCCCUCCUGUCCCCAAGUUCCCUCCCCCUCCUCGAGUCUUUGACGGGCCUCCUCCCGCGGCCGGCAGUAUGAUGAUGCCGCAGCAGCCGCAGCCGCAGCCGGGGCUGAGCGCAGGCCGAGGCAAAGGGCCCGGGACCCGAGGCAAAGGGGUCGUCGGUGGGAAUGUGGUCCACGACCAUAAACACGCAUCCAUAUUCCAUCCCGACGAUUCGCUGUAUGAUGCUCAGCGGCCUCGCCCUGAGGACUUCCCUCCUCACCCAGACGAGCUGCGUCACCGUGACGGCCUUUUCUUUCCAGACGAAGGUUACCACCACCCGGAGGAUCCGUAUUACGGACCAGGCCACCCGCCGCACCACUUCCCCAGAGGUCGAGGGCGCCUCACUCCCCCUCGCUCCCCCUCAGAGGACCCUUACUACAACCCCGACUACCAGCGGCACAGCCCCCCUCCUCCGCAAUACGCUCCGAGGAGACCGCCGCCUCAUUUUGAAAUUCAUCAUCCCGGUCUACGGCCUCCACAUCGGCCUCCCCUCCCGGCACACCACCCGCACCCCAGAGGGCCCCCGCGACCACCAUUCCCUCGGUUCCACGGCCCCAAUCCAAGGUUGAGAGACAAACGUCCAGGGCCAAGAGGAGGCGGACCCCCCGGACCAAUGUUCCCCCCGAAAAGACCCUUCCUUCCCCCGCGGUACUGAGUGGACAUGUAGCUUUGAGCUCUUCAAAUCACUGUGGACGCCAUGAGGGCUGGGCCAGGGCUUUUAAGACUGUUCCGUAACUUGCUAGGCACUCAGUGUUGAAGCCGUGGAAUCAAAGGGCAGACACCGAGGUGGCAUCUGGAGACAAAGCGGCACUGAAGCAGAAUCCAUUCAGCCGCUACCGGACGAAAGCGGCGAAAGGCCAAGAAUAAAGGGUGUCGAGGAGAACAAGAGACAACCCCAGGAGAUGCAAACAAAAAUCGUAGGCUCUGAGAGGGCUGCUGAGCUGAAGAGUGAAGACCGAAGGUUAAAGAAAUAAGAGGUGGAUAUAUAUAUAGAUAUAUAUAUAAUUCACUUUUUGUGUUUGCCCCAGUGGGAAGCGUUGCAUUAUCCGUGUCAUUUUGAGCGCGAGCCCGGUAAAGGUCAGUGUGUGUGUGUGCAUGUGCUCAAGUGUCAGUUAGGUAGUCACGGAAGUUGAAGCCGCGCUCGUUAUUUUUGGCGAAGAGAGUAACAGACGAAUGUCGCCGUGCAAUGUUUCCGCUGUCGUUUCGUUUUUUUUCUUCUUCCAGUGAGCAGUUUUGACUGCUUCUCUUCACGGCAGCAGCUUAUUGGUCAAACAUCAAUUUAAAUCCGAUCACUUUGGGUAUGAAAAGCUGAGCGUACGUGAUAUGAAUUAUGUUUCUUCUACAAUACUCGUUAGCGUAUUCAGGGUAACGAUAUUACGUCGUCCCAACUCCCAAUGUUCUAUAUUUGUGAAGCUGUCUCAGCGUGAGAUCCCCGCGGCGAUAUUUUUACGUCUCGUUAAGUUCCUCGAAGGAGAGCGGCACACGUCGACUCGGAGGGAGGGAGGGGGGGGGGGGGAAGGAAAGGAAGAGGGGAAGAGAGGGAGGUGUGAGUUAUUUUUUUUCUGCCUCCAACACACCGACGACAGACAAAGUGCAUUUUUGGAGGGGAUGAUGAAGAUACUCGUCUUCGGUUUCGUUUUACUUGUACUGACUAAUAAAAAUCUGAGUUUGAAAAACUGUGUUGUCUUUGACCUCCCCCUUUAUCCCUCGUCACCAUCUACACAGCAUGUGAGCGUCCUCAUGCUUUCUGUGGCUAUUUGAAGUCAUUAUUCACUAUUUUUAUACCAAAUUUGUCAAAUCAUCGGGAAAAUCUUCCUUUUGGGUAUAAAAUAUGUUGCUGUUACCGUGCAACAUAGAGUUUAAAGUAUCACUAUAGAAUAGAAACAGGCCCACUUUACAGUAAUUAACUAUUUAAAUGGAAACUCUAGUUAAAUACAAUGGAUUAUGUUUUAAUAAAGACACUGAAAAGAAAAGUUAUAACAUGUUCACAGGUCACAUAAAGAAAAAUAGCCAAUCCUCCAUUUCUGUAGUCCAUGUUUUGAACCUGAGCCUCAGGCUGGUGGAGGAUGACGUCGCUGUGUGUUGUUGUUGUUUAUCAGUUGGUUUGUGUUUGUUUGGUCGAUGGCUUCCUCAGACUUCACGUCAACUGAGGUCUUUCUACGUCAUUUAUUUAGAUAUAGAAGACAAACCAAAUCUCUUAUUGCAAUCUUAGUAUUGUCUUCACUUUGUUCUCCAUUGCUCGUGCCAUGUAACGAUUGUACGGGUUUUAAUUUGGCCUCGAUGUAUUUUCAGUCCUUUAUGUAUUUUUCAGAUGUUCCAAUGAUUUCAUUGUUGAAACAUUCAUCCUGUGUGUCUUCUUUUUUUAAACUUUAUCUAUAACAGGCGUCAAAGCUUCACCGUCCGCCCUCACUGAACACAGCCGAGGCUCGUUGCUCCCUUUGGGGAAACAGAUGUUUGUUUCCCUCGUGGCACCAGGAGGCUUUUCUCCAAAGGGGAAUGUCAGCAGCUCUCUCGUCCAGCCCGACUCCACACGGGGAUUCAGUGGAGAACAAACUCCCGAGACAACGUGAUUACCAGGAAGAUUGAUCGGGCCAUUACCAAACAAGUAUUACAGUUCUGCUUGAUUUAAUUAAUUUGCGCACAAAGAACCAAGCGUUAAUUAGAUGUUUGGACUUGAACAGCCGAGUGCCUUGUUGCAUAUUAAUCAUCUUCUAAAUUAUUUUCUAAUUGUAUGCUCUAAAAAAUAAAUAGAGUUCAUGAUUUCUUUUUCGAGGCUUUAAAUUAAUUGAAACAUCACGUCAAUCCAAUUACACGAGGUUAUAAUGUUAUACCCCCAAACUUGUAAUUAUUAUCUGGAUUUGGUCAGUGAAGAAACACAGAACAAAUAGCCUUGAACGCCACGCAGGAAUUAAAGUUUCUCGUUCACUCUCCGGCUCUGAUUGCUUUCAUAAGGCUCCAACUGAUUCAUGACUUCGGCCUUAAUUAAGAAGAAUCAUUACAGCGUUUGUUCGGUGGAAUUAGAAUCGAUUUUAAACAGACUUUGCACAAAAACGUAGUUUGGUGAAACGAUUCGAUAGAAACGUGAAACUAAAAGUUAAUUCCAACACGUUUCAGUGUAUUCGUAAUAAAGUCGUGUGUCAUUAGCUCCUGUGUUGUUAGGAGUCAGACCGACGCGACAUGCGAGGCCAUAAACAGCCUCGGGUUGCAUCAGGAGGCUUUCUGAGACGGGGAGAAGCCUCCGCAACAAAUAAUAUACAUGACUGAGAUUGUUUAUGUCAUUGUGUGAAAAAACACACAGAUGUGCCUGAUGAUUCACAUUUGUUGUGUGUAUCCUGAGUUAUAAAUAACCUGCUCCCUCUUCCCUUGAAUUCUAACCUAUUUCCUGUUGCAUCCCCUCCUUCCUCCCCUCCUUCCUCCUUCCUCCUGUCGUUGUCCUCAGGGAUCCAGAGCCUCACUUUGAUGUGACUGAUGUGAUGGGAACCUUGUCCACAUGAGGAGGAGGAGGAGGAGGAGGAGGAGGAGGAGGAGCAGGGUGGGGGUUGAUGCUAUGGCUCUCCCAGUGAGGCUCUUCGGGGGCCUGACGGGCCCUCCAGGUGGAUCUUCUGAGGGCCACCAGCAUGGACAUCAAAACCAUUUGUACUCGCAGUUAGUCAAAUGUUGAACUUGUUUCUUCCCGUCUCUGUUUGUGUGUAGAGAGAGAGAGAGAGAGAGAGAGGUAUUAUCAGAUCAUAACAAAUAUAUAUUUUCACUCAUAAUGACCUCAAGAUGCUUUCAACAAACUAUCCAUACAUCUCUAAUGUGUACAAGAGGUUCAUUAAACGCAUGUUGUUGUCAAAUAAAGAAUUCAUAUCAAAUGUUUAAAA